GGGCUUCGAGUGGCCGCCGGCGCGCGGCAGGCUGGCCCGAGGCCGGGCAGCGGGGCCUCCGCCAUGCCCGGGAUGGUGCUCUUCGGUCGGCGCUGGGCCAUCGCCAGUGACGACCUGGUCUUCCCGGGGUUCUUCGAGCUGUCCCUGCGAGUGGUGUGGUGGAUUGGCAUUUUGACUUUGUACCUCCUGCACAGAGGCAAGCUGGACUGUGCUGGCGGUGUCCUCCUCAGCAGUUACUUGAUUGUUCUUAUUGUCCUCCUAGCAGUUAUAAUAUGUACCCUGACAGCCAUCGUAUGUGUCAGCAUGAAAGGAACCAUUUGUAACCCUGGACCGCGGAAAUCCAUGGCUAAGCUGCUUUACAUCCGCCUAGCGCUCUUUCUGCCAGAGAUGGGCUGGGCUUCUCUGGGGGCCGCCUGGAUAGCAGACGACAUUCAGUGUGACAAGACGGUUGUGAAUGGCAUCAUUGCCACUGUCGUUGUCAGCUGGAUUAUCAUCGUCUCCACUGUGGUUACCAUUAUCGUCGUCUUUGACCCACUGGGGGGGAAGAUGGCUCCGUAUUCCUCUGCUGGCCCCAACCACCUGGACAGUCAUGAGUCGAGCCAGCUACUUAACGGCCUCAAGACAGCAGCUACCAGCGUGUGGGAGACCAGGAUCAAGUUACUGUGCUGCUGUGUCGGGAAAGAUGACCAUACUCGAGUUGCUUUUUCGAGUACGGCAGAGCUUUUCUCAACCUACUUUUCAGACACAGAUCUGGUGCCCAGCGACAUUGCGGCGGGCCUCACCCUUCUCCAUCAGCAACAGGACAACAUCAGGAACAGCCAGGAGCCUGAUGAGGUCAUCAGCCAUUCCCCAGGCCCCCCCCAGGAAGCUGAUUUAGAUGCAGAGUUAGAAAAUUGCCAUCAUUACAUGCAGUUUGCAGCAGCCGCCUACGGGUGGCCCCUGUACAUUUAUCGGAACCCCUUCACAGGGCUGUGCAAGAUCGGUGGGGACUGUUGUAGAACCAGGACAGCAGAAUAUGACUUGGUUGGAGGUGAUCAGCUCAGCUGCCAUUUUGGCUCCAUCCUGCAGACGACAGGGCUACAGUACAGGGACUUCAUUCACAUAAGCUUUCAUGACAAGGUCUACGAGCUUCCCUUUUUAGUGGCUCUGGACCACAGAAAGGAGUCCGUCGUGGUGGCAGUGAGAGGAACCAUGUCUCUCCAGGACAUCCUCACGGACCUGUCAGCGGAGAGCGAGGACCUGAACUUGGAGUGUGGGGUGCAAGACUGUUCGGCGCACAAGGGGAUUUCUCAAGCCGCCAGAUAUGUGUACCAGCGCCUCAUCAACGAUGGGAUCUUGAGCCAAGCGUUCAGCAUUGCUCCCGAAUACCGGCUAGUGGUCGUGGGACACAGCCUGGGGGCCGGCGCCGCGGCCCUGCUGGCCAUCAUGCUCAGGAGCUCGUACCCUCAACUCCGGUGCUACGCCUUCUCCCCGCCCCGGGGGUUGCUGAGCAAAUCCCUUUAUGAACACUCCAAGAACUUCACCGUGUCGCUUGUGCUAGGCAAGGAUAUCAUCCCCAGGUUAAGUGUGACCAACUUGGAAGAUUUGAAGAAGAGAAUCUUGCGAGUGAUCGCGCACUGUAACAAGCCCAAGUACAAGAUCCUGCUGCGCGGGUGCUGGUAUGAGCUGUUCGGAGGCGACCCUGACAACCUUCCAACAGAGCUGGACGGGGGCGCCCAGGGACACCUGACGCAGCCGCUUCUGGGGGAGCAGAGCCUGCUGACGCACGGGUCCCCGACAUACAGCUUCUCCAGCGACUCCCCCCUGGAGUCCCCCGCCAAGUACCCCCAUCUCUACCCUCCCGGCAGGAUCAUCCACCUGGAGGAAGAAGGCACCUCAGGGAGGUUUUGCCGUGCCGCCGCUCGGUACAGUGCGAGGUGGGCACACGAAUCACAGUUCAGCAAAAUACUCAUCGGCCCGAAGAUGUUAACGGACCACAUGCCCGACGUCCUGAUGAAAGCCUUGGACAGCGUGGUGUCCGACAGGGCCGCCUACGUUUUCUGUCCCCCCGGAGGUGGCUCCAACGUGGACGUGGUGUAAGUAGAGCUACUCUAAACCGCUCGAGGACGGCAGACUCACACUUUUGUUCUUACGUGGACAGUAGCAGAGUGACGUCCGUGAUGCCGGUGGAUGUCCGUUGAUAGGAAUCCGACAGGUACUAGAUUUGGUGGUCUUCUGAAUCACGGAACGAUUUGGGAAGUCGUUUUGAUCACAGUGUUAGCAAGAUCGGGUGUCAGGAGAGAACACGGAGAUGACGGGACUCGUGUAGGAAGCUUCAGGAAGCUCCAGGGCAAUUCCCUGAGGAUCUCAGAACCGUCCCAGCAAAAGUUGGGAUCCACGGCCAGGUUUAAGGACCUGACGGAUCUGUGGACUCUCACCACCACCCCCCACCCCGUCCCACCUUUUCACUGACAGGGUCUCGUCUUACCACGGUUUAGGAGUCUGAACCCGACAGACUGGAUUUUCCUGGCUACACAAUCUUAGUGCGUCACUGUAAGGGUACGGAUGGGUCUUCUCCUGGGUGGCGCUAAGGGUCAGCCCCGAGGUCAGGCUGGGAACUGGGGCCACUGCUCCUCGGCGCUCCAGCCUCAACAUCAAGCUGCUUUACUUUCACCUAUUACUUUGGCUUUUGGACGUCAGCCAGUGGAUUCCGAGGGAGUUUAUAAUAAAGCACUUACACGUGUCAUUCGUGUCUGUACAGUGACGUACUCUUCCACUGGAUGUUUGCGGGAAGGCCUGUUUUACUGGGUAGUUUUACAGCAAUCGCGUUUGAAAAGCUUUCUGUCUGAACAAAAAUGAAGUCUUCUUGGAUAGUUUUUUUCUUGGAGCUCUGGGCUAAAGACUGAGAUUGCAAAGGCAUCUGAUUUAACCCCACCGAACGCUAGGAAAUGACGGUAAAUUGGUCUCUUUAAAAAGCAUAAAUACACCAGGAUGGGGAGAGAAGAGAAGGAACAAAUGGUUGACUGGAGGAAACAGGAUCUUACGUGGAGGAGGAAAGACCAGAACCGCCCUGGGUUACAGCUCAGAUUCCCCAGGCACCUGGGACAGAGCGCGGCACAGGACUAGUCAGGUGAGCUGGUCUGCCAGAAAGCUGGAAGAAAUCUGGCCCUUGGUUCGCUCUGGGGUGGAGGGGGCCCCGGGCAGCAGCGCACUUGAAGGCAAGGGGAUGAGGUCUCUCAGCUUCUCACCCUUGGCUGCCAGAACCUUCAUGAAGAGUCUCCAAGUUAUCUGACCUCUAGAGACCCUUCCCUCCGGGCCUCUGAGCUGUCACAGCCAUUAACGCCUUAGGUUCCGCAAACCUGCAAAGGCCCAUUUAGAAAACGCCAGUUGAGAUGCCACGGUAAUGUCCAGUUGCUGUGAGUUUGGGUUCUAGACACAGUUCCCGUACACUCGGGGCAGAAAGCUGACAGAUCUGAGACGCCCGUGGACGCCACCUGUGGGCUUGUUUCCAAUCUGCUUUGUAAAGGCUGUCGACCUUUAAGCCCGAGGCCAAGGACCACCAGGCACGUGAGCGACAAGCGACCGGGAGAAACUUCCAGCUACCCCCACCACAGCUUGCGGACAGAGAAGACAGAUCCCGACACUGAAAAAGUGGCAGAGAAUGAGAGAGAACACCUGAAAGUUAAAAGCAAGAAAGAUGAACUCCAAAGCAGCCAGGCGGCGGCCACCUGCAGAAGGGCAGGCAGGACAGAGGGGGAAGUACAAGGGACAGCAGCCGCACAGGGUGUGCAAGGCGGGAAGACAUCCCACACGACUGCAGUGGCCAAGACGUGAGAGCACGGGUUCCCCACAUGCUUCUUUCUCAGGAAACACCCGGAGAAUGUGUUCAGCAAGAGGAAGCAAGUUAAGAGACAAGGAGCCGGGGGCACCGGCUGGCUCGGUAGGUAGAGCAGUGCCUCCUGAUCUUGGGGUCGGAGUCUGAGCCCCACGUUGGAGGUAGAGAUUACUAAAAAAUAAACUCAAAAAAAAAAACACCGAAAACAUCGACACACAAGAAAAGUGGUGGCCAGAGGAUUCUGAGACUUUAGGAAAAUGCAAAUUGCUGAAACUCAGCAAACAUCCUGAGGAAUUUCGGUAUCGGCUGGAAGCCUGCAGUUAAAUCGUGAAGCACACAGAAGAGCAAACAGUCUUAAUUAUCCUCAAAGAAAUGAGUAGUUGUGCAGCACAGUCCUGUUCCUCAGUGGCUCAGCCAGGCGCAUCUGCACAGUAACACGGAUGCUAAAUAGCAAACACCAACCAGGAUCGGGAAGGAAAGGUGUGCCGGGGGCGGGGUGCCACUGGGAAAGAGCCGGGGCUCCCGGGAGGACCAGUGGUAACGGCUGAAACUGAAAACCGCAACCAGCACCAAAGUCCUGUGACUUCGCCAGACCCCCACGGAGGGGAGAGGGGCUGGAGGGUGAAGCAAAGAGCCGGCGGUCGCGUCAGGCACGCACGCCUCUGUGACGAAGCCUCACCCAGCGGGACGGGUCCAGAGAGCUGGCGGUUUGGAUCGGUGAACACGGGGAGAUUUGGGGUGGGGAGGGAGCUGGGAACCGCGUGGGGGCUCUGUGUUCUCCCCCACACCUGGCCCUACGCAUCCCUCUUUGCUAAGCAACUGGUGAUAAAAACUGGUAGGUAAAAAGCUACAUCACUUAGCCGUAUGGAGAUAAAACGAAGGUUAAAAGAACCCAAACUGGUUGCCUUGGGGGAGGGUGUGAUGGGAGACAGCGGUUUUUGUAGCAAACCUUCAGAACUACGUGGUAUUGAAACUGCCUUUUAAAAACAUCUUUAAAAAAUACUCAAAAAUAAAGCAAUCUUCAGAAUGAUAUAAAGGAUUUAGAAAAUGGAUUCUGACAUUACCUGUUCAUUGAAGUACAGUUUCAGGCUUAAGGUCAUAAUCGGCCUCCUUCCCCCUUUUCGGGCUCCCAACAGCCGCCAGCUUUAGCCCAGAGCUCUGGCCCCAGUUGCACGAGCACCCAUGUGGACGCCCCACCCGCAUCCGAAGGUCCCAAACCCAGCCCGACUCCCCACCGGUCCCUGCUGACUCUUCAGCUUCUCCCCUGGAGGGGCCUCUCCCCGUCCCCCAGCAUGAAAACCUGCACUGGAAAUCAGUGUUUCCAAGCGCCUAGGAUUUCAGGUGAGGCAAAUGUACACAUACCCCAGGAGGUCGUUCGAGCUCUCAAGAAUUCAAGUGUUACAGUCAUAUGAUUCAAGGAUUUAUUAAGUCACACAUGCAAAACAUAACUGCUAAUUGCAUUAGCAAAAGAUCAAUGUAAAAACACUCCACAAGUCUGCAACGGUCAAUUUAAAAAACUUUGUUCUAGUGGUUGAAAGGUCCAACCUUGGAUUCUUGCCAGCGGGUAAGUUGUACAGAACUUGGUUAGCACGAGCACGGGCUUACAGAACCUCACAGACCCAAAGGAACGUGGUUGAUUAGGCAGAGCGACAGGAAGCGUGUGUCCGGGGGAAGGCGGCGAGGAGGAGGGUCAGCAUUAGUCAAGGUACAGUACUGGUGAUCUGGCAAGACAGUGAUGUUACGAAAGUUCAUAGUUUAGGAAUAUCUAAAAUAUUUCAAAAACUGUAAAGCUGCAACACAUGAUUUUUACACCUAGUUACUAGAAAACUAAGGAAAGCGCUUAUUAGCUCUGAAUAAAGUAACGAGGGAACAGGAAUGCACUUUCACUAAAUCUACAAAAAAAAAAAAA